AUGAGGACACUUGCUUGGAACUGUCGAGGUCUGGGCAUUGACUCGACAGUUCGACGCCUCAAAGAGAUAAAUAGGAAAUAUCUCUUGGACAUCAUAUGCCUGUCUGAAACGAAACAACAAGAUGACUACAUCCGAGACAUUGGAGCUCAACUUGGUCUUUUCCCUUCUGUUAUUGUAACGCCUCAGGGUACUGGUGGUGGGUUGGUUAUUUUCACUAGGCAGCAUGUACAUCUUUCUGUUCUUUGUCAGUCUUCUAAUCUUAUCGAUUGUAAUGUUCAGUUAAAUGGAUUUCAGUUUAAUUAUUCCUUUGUGUAUGGACAUCCUAAUCCUUCAUUGCGACAUUACACAUGGGAGAAACUAGAAAGACUGAGCCUUAACAGAAGGAAUCAACCGUGGUUCAUACGUGGAGAUUUUAAUGAAAUCUUGGGAAAUCAUGAGAAGAGUGGUGGUAGGAUCAGACCUGAAGUCUCUUUUCAGAAUUUUCGACAGAUGAUUAGAGUUUGUGAUUUCACAGAUAUUAAAACUGUGGGUGACUCUGACCAUCGCCCUUUAGUGACUUUCAUUUCUGCAGAACAAGAAGUGCCUCGUCGUUUCUUCAGGUUUGACAGCAGAAUGGUCAGUAAAGAAGGAUUUCAGGAAUCUGUUAAAAGAGGAUGGAAAGGAAUGGGACAGACUCAAUUACUACAGAUUCCAUUAGUACACCGUUUAAGUAGAUGCAGAAAGGAAAUCUCUGUUUGGAAACAACACAACAGAAAUAAUGCGGCUGAAAAAAUAGAGCUCUUUAGGAGACAGCUAGAUCAAGCAGUGGUAUCCCCAAGUAGUACUACACAAGAACAGAAUGAAAUCAAAAACAACUUACAACAAGCUUAUUUGGAAGAAGAAAUCUAUUGGAAGCAGAAAAGCAGAGUUAUGUGGUUAAGAUCGGGUGACAGAAAUACAAGUUAUUUUCAUGCUGUUACUAAGGCAAAGAGAAUACGUAAUACUCUUUCUACAAUACAAGAUGACAAUGGAGUUGUUCAUAGAGGUCAAAAAGAAAUCUCCAAUGUUGCGACAACAUACUUUCACAAGUUAUAUAGAUCUUCUCCAACGGAUCAAUGCCUCUAUGACAGUAUUUUUCAAGGUUUUGGAAAACGAGUAACGGAUGCAAUGAAUCAGGAUCUUGUACGACAAGUCACAGAAGAUGAAGUUAGAGACGCUAUCUUUGAUAUGGGACCUAAUCGUGCACCAGGACCAGAUGGGUUUUCAGCUGCCUUUUAUCAGAGAUUCUGGGAAGAUAUUAAAGAGGAACUGAUGCAGGAGGUCUCCUCAUUCUUUGAUGGAGAUGGACUAGAUACGGCACAUAAUCAUACGAAUCUAUGUUUGAUUCCAAAAGUAUACCCGCCAACAGGUAUGACUGAGUUUCGACCUAUUGCAUUAUGCAAUGUCUCAUAUAAGGUCUUCUCCAAGAUUCUAGUCAACCGGUUAAAACAACAUCUAGGCUCUAUCAUCUCUGAAAACCAGAAUGCUUUCAUUCCAGGGAGAGUUAUAACAGAUAAUAUAGUUAUAGCACAUGAGGUUUUCCACAGUUUGAAAGCAAGAAAGAGGCAAGCUACUUCAUAUAUGGCAGUAAAAACUGACAUUACAAAAGCUUAUGAUAGAUUGGAGUGGAAGUUUUUAGAGAAAACAAUGAGCUACAUGGGUUUUGAUUCUAAAUGGAUAAGAUGGAUAAUGACCUGCAUCUCUACGGUUACUUUUUCGGUGCUUAUCAAUGGAACACCGGAGGGACAUAUUAUACCUGAAAGAGGAAUCAGACAAGGAGAUCCUUUGUCUUCUUAUCUAUUUAUAUUAUGUGCAGAAGUGCUCUCCCACAUGAUGAAUAAAGCUAUGGAUGAUCGUUCACUUUUGGGGAUUAAGAUAGCAGUUCAAGCACCUUCAGUUAAUCACCUGCUAUUUGCUGAUGAUUCCUUAUUUUUCUCACUGGCUAAUGUUAAAGCUGCUAAGAAGCUCAAGAAAAUAUUCACAGAAUAUGAAAGCAUCUCUGGUCAAGCGAUAAAUCUGACCAAGUCUUCUAUAACUUUUGGUGCAAAGGUUUGGUCAGAAGUGAAAACUCAAAUGAGGAAUGUAUUGGUCACACAAGGAUGGAAACAGAGACAUCUCUCUUUGGGAGGAAAGGAGAUCAUGCUUAAAGCAGUGGCUCAAGCGAUGCCUAUUUACUCUAUGGGGGUGUUCAGAUUACCAAAGGAGAUUUGUGAUGCGAUUAGCAAUAUUCUAGCACAGUUUUGGUGGGGUAAUGGUGACAAGAAAGGCUUACACUGGUAUGCUUGGAAGAGAGUUUGUAUUCCAAAACGAGAAGGUGGACUUGGUUUUAAAGAUAUUGAGCUCUUUAACCAAGCUUUAUUAGGCAAACAAAUAUGGAGAAUAUUACAGCAUCCUUCUUGUCUUAUGGCUCGAAUAUUAAAGGCACGCUACUUUCCAGACUGCUGCAUCUUAGAGGCUGGACCAAAAAAGAAAGCCUCUCAUGGUUGGAAAUUGAUUCUCUAUGGAAAAGAAUUGAUAAAAGUGGGUAUGAGGUAUGUUGUUGGUGAUGGCUCGUUGAUUAUUACUUGGAUAGAUCCCUGGCUACCGGUUCAUCCUCCUAGACCUCCAAGAGCAAUUGGUGAUGUUGAUUUAUCGUCUAAAGUAAGUCAAUUGAUUCUGACAGCAGGAAAUAACUGGGAUGAAGCCAAAUUGCGGGACUUAAUAGUUGAUGAGGAUGUCAACAUCAUCAUGAAGAUCAAGCUCAGCAGUGUGGCUGAACAAGAUUUACUAGGAUGGCACUACAAUGAAAAUGGGAUUUACUCUGUUAAAUCUGGGAUACUUCAAUAUGCUAAUGAUGAUGCAAAGGAAUGGCAAAGUGUUGAUAGAUCACAAACGGGAAACUAUCAACAAAUCAGACCAGCAGAAAGACAGUACAAUAAUUCUUGGAGACGACCACCCAGUGGGAGAGUAAACUGUAAUGUUGAUGGGAGUUUUGUCAACAAUAACCUAGAGGCAAAGGUUGGAUUUAUUAUCCGAGGUGAACAUGGCCACUAUCGUGAAGCUGUCCAAGCGGUAGGGAAAAAAGUGCAGACUGCUUUUGAAAGAAAGCUACAUUUUGGAGCUUAUAAUUGGAUACGGGAGAUACGUUGGUGGAUGCGAAAGUUUGAUGAUAUUACAAUUACGUGGGUUCCAAGAAAGGCAAAUCAAGUUGCAGAUACUUUGGCGAAGGCACCUAUUCCAAACAAUAGUUUGUUUAUCUUUUACUUUUAUGUACCAAGGGUGAUUACACUUUCUGAAAAUGAAUGGAACGAGGCAUCUAGCAAAGCAAAUGUAAUUGCUGCCCAGAUUGAGUUGCUUGACGAGAUUAUCAAGGCUGAUGGAAAGUUUGACUUCAUGGCUGAGUUGGAGAAACUGAAGUUAGAGCACAUGGAAGCAGAAGGAAUGCUUGGUGAUGUGAAGGUCAUAGUUCCUGAUUGGUUUAAGCUUGAGGAAAAGUGGAUGUUGGAUGAGUAA